AUGCAGCUUAGUGUGUUCGGUUUAGCAACCCUCGUUUUCUAUGGUCCACUUGUUGGAUAUGCCCUUGAUCUUGAUUCAAUUUUUGCUGAAGUCAGCGCUGUGAAUCGGGAUUUUGAGAACAUACUGCGCGUCUUGUUACGGCAAGCCCUUCGCCAUGAUGACCCUCAGACUAUCAAGGAAGUCUGUAAAUUCAUCGAAAGCGCUACAGACAAUCUGAAUACCGCUUCUGACAAAAUCGGUUUCGACUCAAAUGUCGACGACCCCUCGGAUGUCGUCGCGGCCUUCUGUGAUGAUAUGGAGACUUUUACAAAUACUCAGAUUAAAGCUGCUGAUAUUCUUGUGUUCAAAGCGGCCAAUAUUUGGGAUGCCAUGAAUGGCGCUCAGCUUCCAGAUGGCAUUGUUCGACUCAGCUCCGCAUAUGACAAAUAUGCUGGCAACAUGAUUCCACUUACAGAACAUUGCACGACCAAGCACAUGCAGAAUAUUUACUUGGUCAAAUUAACACUUCACAGAGUGCUGGUGGAUCUGGAACCCAACAAUGGGCACCAUCGAAGGGGGACACACCAUGGCUAG